UAAUUAGCAUUGGUGGUGAGAGAAUGGGAAAACGAAUCAAGAGACAGAGCAUCAACCACGAAGUUCCUGAAGAAAUAAUCGAGGAAAUAUUGACGAAUUUGCCGGUGAAAUCCCUGAUUAGAUUCAAGUGUGUUUCGAAACAAUGGCGCUCUGUUAUCUCCAGCAAAAGUUUUAUCCAAGAGCAUCUCAAGAAAUCGAUGCAAUUCAACCGUCAACACCUCAUCUAUAGCUCUUUCGACACUAACCCUAACAACCGUAGCUCUGGUGGAUUUGAUUAUACCCGUCAGCGUCUACGGUCAUGUUCUCUUAACUCUUUUCUCCAUGAACCAAAAAAGGGUUGUUCCAAGAUCACAACAUUGGAUAAUCAUCCCGGAAACCCUGAUUUAUUCAGCCAGAACACGAAAGGUUGUAAUAUUUGUCCGUCGAGUAUAUGCAUUCGGAUCAUAGGUUCAUGUAAUGGGCUAGUACUCGUCACCUUUAACUUUAAAGAUAUAUUUCUUUGGAACCUUUCAACAAGAAAAUUCAAGUCUAUUCCAACUACAUAUUUUCCAAAAAAAUCAUUGUUCCACAAAUUCCAAUACGGUUUCGGGUACGAUGAUUCUACCGAUGACUACAAGAUUGUCUGCACUUCCUUCUGUGCGGAACCCUAUCAGACAAAGAUUUACAGUCUCAAGACCGAUUCUUGGAAGAGAAUCGAGCAUUGGGUGUUGGUAGUGAAGGCAUAUUUGUGAAAGGAAAGUUUUAUUGGGAAACGAUGGAUUGGAAAGCAGCGGAGAAGUGUGAUCGCUGGAAAAUUGUUUCUCUUAGUUUUGUGGAAGAAAAGUUUGAAUUUGUGGCUCGACCUAAACACUUUUUGGAGUAUGAGUUUAAUGCACGCACGAGUUCUGCAAGUUUUGGGAGGCUAUCUUAGUUUCGUCGGUAUUAGUAGUACAUUGGAUGUAAAUAUAUGGGUUAUGAACAAGUACAGUGAGGCAAAUCAAGAAACAUGGACUAAGAUUUGGACACUUUCUGAUUUUUCUCAUCCGAAGAGGUAUAACAAUGGUCCAAGACCAAAGCCAAUAUGGAUGAACAAGAAUGGGGAUAUUGGAGUGGCUUUUGGUGAAUCGAUUGUUGUUGUUUAUAAUUACAAAAGUAAGUCGCGCAUGUACCGAGUUGAUGAAAUAAUAUUAGCAAGCAAUAUUUACGUUGAAAGCUUAGUUUCUCCAUUUGGUGAUCAAGAUCUUCCCCAAUGAUUAUCAUAAUCAUAUAUAGUGGGGACUACGAUGCUACAUAUUAUUUUGAUCAACGAUAAUGGUAAACACAAUUAAAUAUUCGUUAAACAUAAUUUAAUAUUCGAUUGCAUUAUUAAAUAUUCGUUAAAUACUAUUUACCCUGACUAUU